AGACAAGUGUCCACAGCACGUACAAUAGUACAUCACCGCUCCACGAUGGCUUUCAGCAGCUACCACAUCAUGACGAUAGUCGCCAGUUUCUUCUCCCAUCUCGCCAUCUUCAAGUGGCUGGCCCCCUGGAUGUUGAGAAAAGCGUCACCUGUUUUUGCUACUUUGCCUCGAGACAAACAGAUUGUAACCAGAAACCGUGUGAUGUCCGCCUUCCACGGGGCGGUUACCGGGGGUAUGGGCUUGUACGUCUUUCUGUAUCCUGGAGAAGCGAUUCCCACUCAGAUAUGGUGUGACGCGCCUACGUACAGACAUGCUGGAUGUAUAAUACUGGGAUACACACUGGCGGACAUGCUGCUGAUGGUGCUUGAUACUUGUCUGCAGGACCGGAUGUUCAUCGUUCAUCAUGCCAUCACAUUUACAGGAGGCUAUGUUGGAUGUGUGAUACCUGCAGUGCCGUACUAUGGCAACCUCUGGGUACUCAUGGAACUGUCUUCUCCCUUUGUCAAUCUCAGGAUGAUUUUAUACUCGCUGGGUCAGGAGCGUUCUCGUCUGUACCUGCUGAACGGAAUCCUAAUGCUGGUGACGUUUUUCACCUGCCGCGUGAUGACCAUACCUCUGUGGUUUCAACUGGCGGAACCAAUGGCAACCGGAGAGCUGUACGAAAUCGGACCGUUACUAUUCUUUACCAUCGUAGUCUUGACCCCCAUUAUCUAUGGGAUGAACAUUUACUGGUUCGGCAAGAUGUGCAGCAAAUCGUAUCAACAUCUAUACCACACCCUAUUUUCAAACUAUUGGUUGUAAGAUCAAAGGCACAUUAUCUCUAAAUUUCACAUACAUGUUUAGUUUUAUUUAGGUACAAGAGAAUCCUUCUAGAGACCAAUGUGUAUACUUUUGUCUGAUCCAAAGUUGCUCACUAAUUUUGUUGUCUAAUGUGCACAAGGUAAGAAUGACUGCAAUUUAUUUUAGAAUAUACCAAUCCAACUACAGGGGUGUAUUUUUGAGAAUGUGAUUUGAAAUGAGAGGAAUUGUACUUAAAUUGAAAGUAACAAAACUAUAUGGCACAACUUGAGCCUGGAGACCAUUUUCUGACCAACAAAAUCCUCCAUUGAUCCCGCUGGCCCUACCAUGCCAACCUUAAGCCCUCUUAAUAGCAUAGCAACCAACUAAGUACUAGUCAGAUGCCAAUAGAAUGAUUUUUGUGCUUUGUUUGGGUGACUUUCUUCAGGACAAACACUUGAUGCAGUUUCAUCUAAAAAUAUCUAAAAAGUGUACUGGCAAAAAAGGAUCCAAGUCACAACUGUCCAUAAGUGUAAGAGAAAACAAUGUCACUUUUCCACAGCAAGCAGAAUCCAAUUUGUGAAUGAUUAAGGAGGUAAUGCUCAUUUUGGGGUAACAGUUGCAAUAAAAUGCAGCAAAUUUAACAAUCAGAAUUGGUAUUGCUGAUCUCCUUUUACUUGUGAGGCAAUUUGCCAUUAAAACAAAGAAUCAAACUAAAGCAAGAGCCAAGAGUGAGACGUAAAGUCACUGAUAUUAAUAUGUUUUAUUAAAACUUCAGAAUCUAUAGCAUCUUCUACAUGACUAUGACAGUAGAAUGUACAAUUGGAUUUGCAUUUGUAACUACAGUCAUGUACCAUUGAACACAUAACAAGGUUUGUUUGAACCUUUAUUUAUACAUGAGGCAUUGUCAAUGUUGUAUUUUUGAAGCUAAAUAUGAUUAUGAACUCAACAAACUACAACAAGCACGUGGUGGCUGUGAUAUACUGCAUAACUGUCCUAUAACUAUUUGUAACU